GAAAACGUGACUUGGAUCAUAAAUAUAUCAGCCAUUAAACAACAUCUUACAUUUCUUUUCACACAAUACGUCUCCUUGCAAUAUCAAAACUAAUUCGGCUGACUUUUAUAUUUGAUCCAAUUGGUAGAUAGGCUGUAUUUACACCAUAACGGUGCAGAGCUGAUAGAAAGGGACACCUGGUGGUUGAAGAACGUUAUUGAAUUUUAUUAUUUUAUUAUUUCUGCGAUUGGUUGCUGUGAAGCAAGGUAAAUGUUUCCCCAUUAUUGUUUGUUGUUGUGCAACUGAAUAAUAAUUAAUCUCAACCAUAUCUGUGUUUGUGUUUUAUUGAUCUCUCUCUGUGUUAACAUUUAAGGUUGGUGAGCCAUAAAUUGCACUAACAAUGGCUUUUCCUUUCUCAAAGAAACUCAGUAGAUGAACACGGAUCCAGAGAGUGAGCAAGGAGACAUCUUUCUGGUUCUAAACAAGCUUUCAUUCAGUGAAUGCUGGAUGAAAAUGAUCAUCACCAUCGCCAUAUUUUGAUACACACAAAUUGCCCUCCUGUUGCCAGGUUACCAGAUGGACGAUAGAGGGCGAUGCGAGGUAGCAGAAGAAGAAGAAGGUCCAGUAUGUAACAACUACGAGCCGCACUCAGGAGUGUGCUAGAAAUGAGUUGCCCUUUCCACCUCCUAGUUUCCCGCAGCGGCUUCUACCAUGGCCGUUUUCUACUCGUUUUGUCUCGACAGUCCCUGUUGCUCAGAGAGCUCAGCUCAAUGCACCAGAUGAGCCGAAGCCUGCGAGAGAGCUACAGGAUCCUCCAGCUGCCUGACGAGGCACAAAGCAGUCCAGGUCAGGUGAAAGAGGCCUACCUGCGCCUCGCCAAGCUCUAUCACCCAGACUCUGGCGCUCCAACUGCAGAUGCAAUGCUUUUUGCUCGAGUUGAGGAGGCCUACCGUGCAGUUCUGGGCCAUAAGACCAAUCGCACAGAUGGAGGCAAGCAAGUGGAGGAUGAAGAUAAUUCAAGAGAUAUGCUGGAUUGUCAUCAGGUGCUAUUGGCUAAGCAGUAUUGAGCCACCAUGGGUAUGUGACUGUAAAAUGUGAGGAACUGCAUUGUGUUGAUAAAGAACAUGAGGUAGCCUACAUUCUAUGAAAUUACUAAUCUGAAAAAAACACACCUAACACUGUAAAUUCUGGUGCUGUGUCAUUAAAAGUUAAGGUGAUCAAAAA